AUGAAGGAUCUGAAUGAAGUAAUCAGUAGUGACCUCCCUGAAUUGGAGAAGACUGACACUCGGCUCGGGGACGAGGCCCAACUCGUGGUCGAUGCUGGUCUCGUCACUACCUCGUGGGCGCUGACGCUUGCCACGUUCCACUUUGCGAGCAAGGCGGAUGUUUCGUCAAAGCUGCGCAAGGAGCUCGUUGCCGCCGGUUUUGCCACCCAGUGUCAAGAGCUGAAGAAGUUGUCAUACCUCAACGCAUGCGUGCUCGAGUCCGUCCACCUUUCCCAUGGCGUUGUGGUGCGCGCUCCACGACUCGCGCCGGAUCAGGAGCUGACUUAUGGCGGAUGGACAGUCCUACAAAACACCCCGGUGUCCAUGGCCACGAUUGAUGUGCUCAUGACGAGGGACUAUUCCCUGAGCCCAAGUCUUUCGUUCCGGAGCGUUGAAUCGCGAAGCCAGAGCUUGAGAGAUUCCUUGUGGCGUUUAGAGAAGGCUCUCGACAGUGUUUGGGUGUCAAGUAAGGGAUGCUGUAUCAAGUCAAUGAAAUAA